UUUCUUGAGCAUGGAGGCAGAAGAUUUAUACUGGAUUUUUGGCUGGUUAUUCACUGCCGUGGCGAUUUCUGGAAAUACCCUCGUCAUCUAUCUGAUUUUAGCGAAACGACAUCUUCGCAAGAAACCGAACUGGUUUAUUUUGUCGCUAGCAACCGCCGAUUUAUUUGUAGGGUUUACGUACAUUCCUCCGUUUUACGCGUGUAGAGAAUGGUUUUCUUGCAGUGAACACGUUUGGUUUGUGAGGAAAACGAUUCAAUGGUUAUUUCUUUACGCGUCUGUAUGCAACCUUUUUAUAUUAACUUUAGAUCGUUACAUUGCUGUUACAUCACCACUAAAACAUAAGAGAUGCUUGACACUAGGUCGAAUCGCCAUAUUGGCAUUGACCGCCUGGUUUAUACCGGUAAUAUUCCGAGUAUGCAUCUACACCCCAAUUUAUCUCAAAAACAAGGAGAUUGCCUCGAAAUAUCUUGUUCCUCUGUUUAUGGUGAUGUUUGAGUUUGUUUUAUGCAUCGCUCUUCCCUUCUUUACGUUUCGCAUGGUUCACAUUGUGAGGAAUUUGCGAAAGAGCAGAGGAAACUCAGAAAACCUUGAACAUUCAUCCAUUAUGGAAUUGAGAUCUUCUACGAUUCGAAUUCACGUUAGCGAAGAAAGACGCAGAAAUUACAACAUCAACGUUGUGGUUUGCGUUGUCAUCCUUUUCAUUAUUUGUUACUCUGUAAAUCUUUACACCUCUGUUUGUUCCGUUUUUAAUUUGUGCUCGAUAUCUCAAGAGUUGUGGUAUAUUCGACAUUUGUUGUUGAUCGCAAAUUCUGCCCUAAACCCUGUUGCUUACGCUUUACUCAAGAGAGAUAUGAAGAGGGCGAUUUUAGCUCUGGGACGCUCCAAGUCAAAUAAUCAAGUCAGUCCGGUAUCUGUGGUAAACUGAUUUGAAUCAAAGAUGAUUCAUCACAGCAAACAGAGGCAAAAUUGUGUUACGCUGCAGAGCUGUUCUGAGUUGCACCGCGUGUCCUCGAGGAAGAACAAUACAUUCUCGCGUGUUUCACCCGCGCGCGGUGUCGUUUACGUAUGCCAUCUACAGUGUGUUGCGCAUUCUCGUCCCCAGAGCCGCUCGUCUUCAUCUUGAGUUGAAACCAAGUGACUGAAAGAGGACUAGAAAAGGAAUGGAUGUUGCGCGAGCCCAGAAAAGUGGGUUGAUCAGAAGUCGUCCUCUUUGUUGC